AGUUGGGGAGGGAAUUAUACCAUUUUGUGGGUCAGAGAGGAGCUUCUAGACCGGACUGUUGAAGUUCACAUGGCUAUUGACUACUUUACUCAACCAUCUCACACCUCGUUUCAGUUUGCUGUAUAAGUAUUUGGAAAUUUUGGAAAUUAAUUUUGGAAAUUAAAAGGUAAAUUUAUACCAUUUUCUCAUGUAGACUACGUCAUUUCCCAAAUGCUCUUUGCCAGAGCAACUUAAGUAUGAAAACAGAUUUUCGUCCAUACAUUACCAAGUAAAAAAACACCAUGAAGAUGUUCCUGUUGUUUGCUUGCUGAAUUGACCCAAGGAAAGUAAAUUUCAUAAAUGGGAGUAACUGAGUUUUGCCUGCUUCCUUCGUUCAUAUCAUUGAACUAAUUAGAUAAUUGUCUUGCUUAAGUAGCCUAAUAGGCCUAUUAACACAAUAGUUACUCAUAGCCAACAUUUAGCCUGAUCAUUUGUUAGCUACAGAGCAUUAGGCUAAAUGUUGGCCUUUUACUUUUGUCUGGAGAAUGUGACCUAGUACCAAAUUAAAAUAACUUUUCUAAUUCAUUUAGAACUGAAGGUCUGGCCCUCAAUGCUGUUCCCAGUGAAACAGGAGCUGGCAAACAAAUAUCGUGUUUGCUUUUACAGUAUCAUGAAAGAGAUCAAGCAAGGUAAACAAUACGUUGCUUUAUUUUUAGGUUAGAUGACUCACAAUGCAGGCACCUCUCAUUGUACUUUGAAUCUUUUACUAAAAUCUACCUAGUGGCCAUUCAUGAAUGCCACAUAUUCAUGUAUUGCAUUUGCAGAAAGGCUGCAGAAAGGGAUCAUUUUAAUUCAAAGAAUCAAGGAUUGGCAUGAACAUCAUGGUUAUUAGUUCACUUCAGCAUGUGUAUAAACUUCAUAAUAUACAAGUUUAUGUGUAAGGUUUAUGUAAAUUGCGCAAAUUGUGGUGUGUUAGUGUAGUAUGGUUGGGCUUGGGCUUGGUAUGAAAAGAUUGUGGGCUCAUUUCCCUGCUGCUGUGCUGCUAUUGUACUCUUGAGCAAGGUAUGUAACAUGAAUUGCUUCAGUAAAUGGCUGUAUGGAUUGUAUAUGUAGUUGGUGAAAGUUCCUCUGGCUAAGACUGUCUGCUAAGUGCCUAAAUGUACUGUGUAUACUGUGUGUAUGUGUGUGUAUGUUUACAGUAUACUAAAUAACUUGUUUGUUCAUUGACCAAACUGCUCUAUUCAUUUCAUGGAUUGGGGCUAAUUGCAGGCUUGAAGGAGGUUGCCAAGGCCUAUUUUGAAACACAAACAUCUUGCUUGUUUGAAGACAAAACAUGAGUUUGUUUCAAGGACAGGUUUGUGGUUACUUUGAGGUGCUUCUGUAUGCCGUGAAGCUAAGAAGGAAUUCUCUUCCUUGACAACAAGGAAUCUCAUUCCUCCAUCACAUGAAUUCUCUGAAUGAAUUGAUUUUUACUUUCAUAAUUUAAAAUUACUGAUUACACAAGCUUAAUGAAUGAAAACAUCAGUUAUUGUGAUUUAUUUCCAAACAGAAACUUUAAGCCAUCAUGACAAUUUGGUUAGGUGAUGAUGAUGAUGAUGAUCAUUAUGAUUAUUAUUAUUAUUAUUUAUAUAUGUAAUUUUUCCAUAUUGGCCUAUUGCAAUUUUGAUGCACAGACUGCGUGUAUCUUAUUGGCCGGAAGAGUUGCCUAUUGUGUGAUGCAUUGGUGGAAAUCCUACUGAAUAAAGCCCUUUGUCACUGGUCAGUGCUGCAGUCAUUCAUACAUCCCCCAACCAGACACAUGCCCACAGUCUGCACUGGCAUUGGCAUGGACAUGAUCCAAUUCCAGGACUGUAGAAUGUGUCACAGCAUCAAAGAUUAGUGCUUUAGUUGGACACCCAGGAGACCUGCUCUCCGUUAUAGCUACACAUUCCAUUGAAAUGAAGUGACCAGGGAAUAGGUUUAUGGUAGAAGAAAGGUUGUGUGCAUGAACAGAUAUUUUAUCCUUUAUUUUGAAUUAACAGAAUAUGAAAUACAACACUAAAACUAUUGUAACAUCGUGCAUGCAUACCCUGCCAUCAGCAAUGCAUUAAGUUUUCAGGGCAGUCAGCUUUCUUUAAAUAAUUCCAGUCAUGGAGCGGCAACAUUUUUGUUCAGUUCUAUGAAAGGCUGACAAAACGUCCUCGGCCGUGGAAUCCACAGGCUGACGCACUGAGGAGGCACUAUGGCACCAAAGACAAUAUUAGACAAUGGGAGUCCGUCCUUCCUCUGUCAAAACACAAUGACCAGUACGUCUUCAUAAACCCAUUUUCUGGAAGGUGAGUCACUGGGACUCUGGGAAUGGUCUUUCAAACUUGUAAGACUCAUAAAGAUUCUCACACUGCAUUUAUGCUUACGGUACAGCCAUUCACACUAACAGUACUGCCUCUUACAGCUCCAGGGGUUCCUCCAGGACAGUUGCCACUGCUGACUCCAUGCUUUGCCACGCCCACUGCAUUGCACAGAGCAGUUAGACUGUAUGCAUAGCAUCAAACAAAAACAAAAGCUUCCUGGAUACUUGCCUGCAAGCUACAUGCUACAGCAUUAGAAACAAUGCUCCGCCUGAUAACUACGCACAAAGAACCUGGCUCUUCUGUUUUCUCUCUCAUGUGAUGUCAAGUGCAAUUCAGAGUUGCGAGUUGAGGUUUUUUUUAACCUUUUGAAUCACGCUGAGGGGACAGGGGGUGAAGUGGCAUCUUGGCAAAGGUUAAAAGCCAAUCCCAAAGCUGAAGCAAAUGCCUUCCUCCAGUCCUGUAAAGACCAACCUCCUAUCACAUUGCCAUAUAUUUUGUGAUUGCUUGUUUUCACAUAGACAUAAAUAUUUGUUAUAUUCAGAUACAUAUUUUUUCAUUGUAUCUCAGCUAAUAAUUUAAAUAAGCUGUACCCAAUGUGGUAUAAAUAAUGCUGCUCAUUCUGAAAAAUGAGACGUGGAAAAAAAAAGAAAAAUUAUAAAUAAAUCCAAAGUGUGAAUGAUGCAAAUCCCCUGAUAUUUUAGAACAAGUAGACAUUUAUUCCGCUGACACAUGCACAAUACUCCCACUCAUGGCUUAUGAACACAGUUAUUUAUAUUGACUGUGUGUGUGUGUGUGUGUGUGUGUGAUGUCUUUUGGUUGCCUACUUGCACUCAGACCCGAGAAUUGCUGCUUGCAAUUGAUUAAUAUCCCAUUUUAUUUGUUAUAUUAAGUGUUUAUAUAUGCAUUCACAAAUAUGUAUGUACACUAUGGACUGUUGAAUGACCUCAUUUGUGGUGCUGGCAUUUGUUGUCCAAUUUUUUUUCCAUCAUAAGCCACAUAAUGGCAUUGCCAAGACACAUUGGGCUUAAUUAGAAUCUCUCCUUCUGAGAAACGAUCGCUUCGUAACUAAGUGAGUGAUACUGGCCAAUUCAGAUACAGACUGUUGUGUGAAUUCUUCUCAGUGCUGUGAGCAUGAGCUUUUGCUGGUGGCUUUUUCAUUACAUGUGGUUUGUAAAUGAGAGACUCUUUGGAAAUAACAAUUCCUCUGAAUAUAGCAGGAUGAAAUGCACAGGCGUUAAAAAUGCGUACAUUGUGAUAUGGACAUUCAUUCAGUUUGCACUGUGAAGGGAGCUAUUCAAAGCUAGCUUUUAGAUACUAACACUGCCCUCUGUUGCCUUAGAGAUGUCAGUAACAUUUGGAAGGUUGGAGGGAUAGUUAACUUUCUGGGUUUUAAAAAUAUAUUGUUUCAGAUUUAAUGUUUUUGAUUGGCCCAGACUGUUUUUAUGUGCCAUUAAGGGCAUUUUAAGUAUCACAGAAGUUUCUGAUGACCUGCCAGCUUUAAAUGGCUGGUAUAGGGGCAUUUGGAGCUUUGUCAUCUAAAGCAAAAAUACAGGUAACAGAAUACAGGUAACUCCACAGCAGCUUGUACAAUGACAUUAUUAAUUAAAUUUCUGUUAUAGAUGAAGAAGAUUAGUAACACAAAGUAUAGCUUCAUAUAUGCAGUUCAUUAAGACACAAUGAGAUAAAAUACACUUUAUUGAACACUGUGGGGGUAAUUAGUCCUCUGCGUUUGACCCAUCCUUGAUACUUAGGUGCAGUGGGCAGCCACAGUACAGUGCCUGGGGACCAGCUUCUGUGCUAAGGCCAGUGCCUUCGUCAAGGGCAAUGGCAGAAGUAUACAUAACCUGGUGUCUUUUGGUGCGGGAGGAAACCGGAGUACCCGGAGGAGACCAACGCAAACACGAGGAGACCAUGCUAAUUCUAAUGUGGUACUAGAUUAUGGUUGUGAUUAUUUGAUUGUUUGCUACUUCUGCAAUGGCUGUAUUGCAAAGUUACCUGUGCUAACAUUGCAUGUACACACACAAACACACUCACACAUACAUGCACAUACAUAUACACAUGCAUAUGCACAUAUUGUAUCCAUAAAUACAUAGACAUGGCUGUUUAUUUGAAUUAUUUUCUGUGGAAGUUUGAGAUUAUCAAAUUGCAGCAAGCCAUGGAAUCCUGUCACAUGUAGUAGUUGCGCAAUCUAAGACAUAGCUUCUCUAGACAGGUCAGUACAGCUGCGCUAUAAUGGGAUCCUGUGUCACAGCUGAGGUCACGUGUCACCAGGCUGAAAAGGGGACCGAAUCAAAGAAUGCUACCCAUAUGUGCAGCCAGAUUAGUCUGAGACUGCUGUCCACAUGCGCAGCCAGAUUAAUCUGAGACUGCUGUCCACAUGCGCAGCCAGAUUAAUCUGAGACUGCUGUCCACAUGCGCAGCCAGAUUAAUCUGAGACUGCUGUCCACAUGCGCAGCCAGAUUAAUCUGAGACUGCUGUCCACAUGCACAGCCAGAUUAAUCUGAGACUGCUGUCCACAUGCGCAGCCAGAUUAAUCUGAGAUUGCUGUCCACAUGCGCAGCCAGAUUAAUCUGAGACUGCUGUCCACAUGCGCAGCCAGAUUAAACUGAGACUGUUGUCCACAUGCGCAGCCAGGUUAAACUGAGACUGUUGUCCACAUGCGCAGCCAGAUUAAUCUGAGACUGCUGUCCAUAUGCACAGCCAGAUUAAUCAGAGACUGCUGUGCAUAUGCGCAGCUGGGGAAGAGAAGCAAUCUAUUGCACUGCUCCAAACAUUCUAACAGCUUUAUGAUUUCAGACUCUUCACCUACACACUUUAGGGCAUCUGCCAUUCUUUGCAAGAUCACAAUGUAUCUGGAUGCAUGAUGUGUUUUGAUUACCUUGUCUCACAGACUGCCAAUUAUGGUGGUAAAAGGUCUGAGGAAUAGGAGACGUGGAAUCGGCAUCAUCUCCACGGUUAGUGCGCCCUUUGCUCAUUGACCUGGACGUUAUCAGAAGAUAAUGCUUUCUAAUAUAAAGCCAGCCACUUAUCCGGUUUUACUGUAGUUCAAUUCACAACUCCCAAGAAGCCAAACAUGAGGACUCUACUCCGUAAACUCUUUGCCACGUUCUUUCUCCUGUCCCUGGUCUGUGCCCUGCAGGUACAGAUGGCCCCUGUGCCAGACGAGUGGGGCACAGACCUGAUCUACCGCGCUAAGCGGUCCCUGCUGUGGCGCUGGAACACCCUGAGGCCCGUGGGUGCCAGCUGUCGGGAGCACUCGGAAUGUGGGACCAAGUAUUGCAGGGAUCGAGCCUGCUCCUUCCGAGUGUUUGCAUCUUAAAUGAAAGAACCUCGACCCUUUCUGCUAGCCUUGCCUCCAGAAGAAGCAGCUUUCAAUUGAUCAAGCCAGAGAAGAGAUGCUACAGCUACAAUGAUCUUUGAUGGAUUUAAUAAGCAAAGGAAAACUAAAAAGUGGAAUUCUGCAGUUGGACAUCCUUCCAGACCAAUUUGCCUUUGUUUGCCACAGUAUUAUAUUAAACACAAAUGGGUUAAAAACAUCACAAGUACACAAGUUCCAUAAUCUAGAUGCUGAAAAUGAUAAUGUGUGACCCACCAGCACAAUGCUUGUUGAUUAAUGUACCAAAUUCCAGCCUGUAAUGUACUGUAGAGUGAAUUGAUUGUGGUCUAUAUCCGAAUAGUCCGCUUGUGUAAAAAUAUGCUUGAAGGGAAAUGUUUCUAUUCAUACACAUGUGCAUGUCAAAAAGUGAUGUCAGUUUUAUAGUUCAAAUACAUUUGGAAUCAUCAGCAACUUUGUACAAAUCUGAAAGAAUGCUGACACAAACACCACUUUCACUGAGUUUAGAGGUCAUUCCUCUAAAUAAGGCGUUUCUAAAUGAGAAAACCAGGGCAGUUUCCUGUUUAUCAAACAUCUUUGCACACACAGUAACUAGGGGAUGUACACUGUGUCAAUACAGCCUUUAUUUAUUUGUAAAUAUGUUAAGAGUUUGCAAAUUUGUAUACAGAAAAUGUAAAUAUUACAUGUUAAAAUAUUUUUUUUGUUUUUUUUAUUGUUACAAUGGUAGUGCACACGCUUGAAGAAGAAGGGAAAAAUACAUGAUUAUUAAACACCGUGCCACAGCUGAUAAAACAUGUACUGGUUUUGAAAGCAAUAAAACACUGGGUUGUUAUGUGAAACAGACUGGCAUGGGUCGAGACAGAAAAAUCUAAUGAUCUGCAGGGCAUAAAAGAGAAGUCACAAAGAGUUCACAAAAAAUAAUAUUUACAUCAGUAACUGUUUGAACGACA